AUGUCCAAUAAUGAUCCAUCUACUAUACAUCAAGAAUCAAUAACUCACGUUUCCAAUACCGCCUCACAUCCAACUCCUUUAGUACAACCAUAUAGAAUACUUUUAAAAGAUGGUGUAACUAAUGCCACGAUAUACCCCGUCUAUUCACCAAAUGAAAUUUCCAGUACAUUAUUAGAAUUCUUGUGGGAUGAAUAUAAUAUGGAAAUUGAAAAGGGAGAAACAUUAACAUUUUAUAAUCCUUUAUCGUUUGAUGAUUUUAUAAAUCAUUGGUUUUCUGGAUCUAUAGUAGUAGCAAUAAUGAUUGUUGGUGACGAGCCAGAUUUAACUAAUGAUGAAAGACAAUGGCCAAGUGAAUUAUUAGGAGUAUUCAAUAUUAAACCAAAUUAUCCAGGUGAGAGAUCAAGUCAUAUAUGUACCGGAGAAUUUUUAGUUAAUGCAGGUAUUAGAGGAAGAGGAAUUGGGAAAACUUUAACUGAUUGUUAUAUUCAAUGGUGUGGUGAUAUUGGAUAUAAAUAUAUUAUUUUCAAUAUGGUCCUUGAAACUAAUGUAGCUGCUAGAAAACUAUAUGAAAGUUUGAAUUUCGAGAGAGUCGGUAAAAUCAAGGAUGUCGCUUAUAUGGGUAAUGAAAAAGAUAGCGUUGAUGGGAUAAUCUAUGGACGAACAAUCAAUGAUGAAACAAGAAACAUUAGUUCAAGUGUCUCUGUCACAUCAUCAGCAACUUCAUCAACCGCAACAAAUGAUGCUGAUAUAAAUAACUUAAAGUUUGAAAACCUACUAUAUUAUUUGAGAACAGGAAAAUAUCCCAAAAAUGCCGAUAGUAAAGAAAAGUCAAGACUUCGAGCCAAUAAAGCUUCUUAUUAUCUAGAUGAAGAAGGGAGAUUGAUUCUCAACGGAAAAGAGGUCAUCACUGUUACAAACAAACAAUUAGAAGUAUGCCAAUUGAUUCAUGAAGAAAAUGGACAUCUGGGAAUAAACCGAACAACAACAUUAGUCAGUCAAAAAUAUCAUUGGAUUAGAAUAAAAGAAACUGUUGCAAAAGUGAUUAAAUCGUGUCAAGAAUGUAAAAACAAUGCAUUACAAGAUCGUAUGAAUCAACCAAGCAGUAAAAGAAUUAAAUUAAUGCAACAAGACUUGGAAAAACAGAUAUUAGAACAAGAGAAAUUAGAAGCUGCUGUAGCACAAGUUAAACAACGGCUGGAAGAUGGUAUUUCUUAUGCAGAUGCAGCUAGAUCUGCAUUUGUCAAUGAAUCAGAUGGUAGUAGCAAAGGUGUACAACCAGAAGUCAGAACCUAUUUUAAAGAAGAGAGCCAGCAUUCAUUACUGACAUCUGUAAAAACCUACCGAUAG